AGGAGACGUCGAGCGAUUGACUUGCGUGAACCCGUCAACCAAACGGAAGCGUGAUCCCCAGAGCAAGUACUGCUAGCUAGUGUACCGACAUAUCAGCCUCCACGUGAGUCUAAGCAUGUGACGGAGAGAAAUGGGCGGAUCACGUUAAUGGAGUGAGGGAGGCCACCCGAAACACACGGGAGCCCACGCUCUCACGCCGAUUAAGGUCGAGGGUUCUCGGAACUGGUAUGAUGCUGGAUUGGUCCUUGGAGACUACAAUUACAGCCAGGUAAUGGCCGUGGGUGAGUGUGCCAAGCUUCUCCGGUUGCAUACCAAGGGGAGUGGUAACAUUUUCAUUACCACCCUCAGUCGCAGCCCAAUGGUUGCUAUUGGGGGACUUGAUCCAAGAGAUUUCAAUCGGAAAUUCUACUCUGAUAGAGACAAUGGAGACAAUAAAUUCAGCCAACUCGACGUCACAGUUGGAGAAUCAGUUUUAUGGCGCCCAGAGUUGUUUUCUUCCAGUCAGUAUUCGAGUUGGGCGAUGGCUCCGACAAGGGAGGCACAUCGGUACCUCAAGGUUCCAGCUAAGCAUGGAUGCUCGUUCACUUUUGCCGGGUGGCGUGGCUUGCGCUCACUGGGGAUCCUCUCAGCUGAACGAUCCAAAAAAGGGUGGACAUCUCUUCAUAGCUCUAGAAGAAUGUGUAGACCGAGUAGUCACAGGUUCAAAAUGAGAUUCUGCUAAAUACAGAUCUCCAUGCGGAAGCCCCGAAGCCCUAGGAACUGGCGAAAUCUUGGGGGUUUUAAAGGAAGGAGGAAGCAGGCAGU